GCCUCGGCGGCCCUUCGCGGUGAAUGCUGGGAAGAGGACGUCGGCCCCCGGAGUUCCUGGGGGCUGCUGGCCGGGCUCGGCGCUGUGAGGCGGGAGGUCGUGGAGGACCGGGGUCCCGCCAAGUGCUUGACGGCGUUCCUCCCCGUCCCACGAGCCUGGUGCAGUACAAAAUAGAAGAAAAAGCAAUUUCUAUUACGUAGAAAUGCUCGAGCCGUUGACAGGGUCGGGUCCAGGAAUAGGAACAGAUAGCUAGCUGUUGGGUUUUGCUGCCAGGCCAUCACCCGACUCAAGAAUAUCUAACGGAUCUAUAUGGUCUGUCUGUUUGAUACAGCAUUUUCUGAUUCUUUGUCUUCAUCUUGACAGGUUUCAAUAAGGUUUUCUUAAGUUUCUGGUUUUUUUUAUAUUGUUGGCUCUGAUAAAUAAACAGCAGCUGUAUUAUUCUAGGUUUGUUUUGUUUUGGAGACAAGGUAUCUCUGUGUAUCCCUGGCUGUCCCGGAACUUGCUCUGUAGACCAAGCUGGCUUCGAAUUCGGACAUCUGUCGCCUUUGCCUCCCAAGUACUGGGAUUAAAGGCGUGUGCCACCACCGCCAGGCUAAGCUUAUUAUUCUUAAUGUGCUAUGAACCGUGGCACCGGUAUGAUUUUGCAAAUACUAAAAGGAUCAGAAAGUAGAUUUCCCCAAAGGAAAAGCUAGGGGAAACCACUUAAGGAAAAAGACUCCUGGCCACCGUGAGAAGUUGUGAGUGCUUUUUCCUAAUAGAAUUCGCUGCAGUUGAUGAACUGAGUACCUUUGAGGAAAACAGAGUAUUUCUCUGAGUGAGGUCUUUCCUGCCUCUACUGCCUUUUCCUCAAGUAUUGUAACAGGAUGUCUGCACAGCCGGUGGAAGAAGAUUCAAUACUUAUUAUCCCAAAUCCAGAUGAAGAAGAAAAAGUUCUGAGAGUGAAACUAGAGGAGGAUCCUGAUGGUGAAGAGGGAUCAAGCAUUUCCUGGAAUCAUCUCCCUGACCCGGAGGUUUUCCGACAGCGGUUCAGGCAAUUUGGAUACCAGGAUUCACCAGGUCCCCGAGAGGCUGUGAGCCAGCUCCGAGAACUUUGCCGCCUGUGGCUAAGACCAGAGACACACACGAAGGAACAGAUACUGGAGCUGGUAGUGUUGGAGCAGUUUGUUGCCAUCCUACCCAAGGAGCUACAGACUUGGGUUCGAGAACAUCAUCCAGAGAAUGGAGAGGAGGCAGUGACCGUUCUAGAGGACUUGGAGAGUGAGCUUGAUGAUCCCGGACAGCCGGUUUCGGUCCGUCGGCGAAAACGGGAAGUGCUUGUAGAGGAGAUACCUCAAGAAGAUGCUCAGGGAUUACCAAGUUCUGAGCUUGAUGCUGUAGAGAACCAUCUCAAGUGGGCAUCCUGGGAACUCCACUCUCUGAGGCACUGUGAUGAUGCCAGGACAGAAAAUGGAGCCCUGGCUCCAAAGCAGGAGACUGCUUCAGCUGCAGAAGCUCAUGAUGUUCCUGGCCCUCUUAAUAUAGGUGUUCCUCAAAUCUUUAAAUAUGGAGAAACCUGUUUUCCCAAGGGCAGAUUUGAAAGAAAGAGAAAUCCCUCUCGAAAGAAACAGCACAUUUGUGACGAAUGUGGAAAACACUUCAGCCAGGGCUCAGCCCUUAUUCUUCAUCAGAGGAUCCACAGUGGGGAGAAGCCUUAUGGAUGUGUCGAGUGUGGAAAAGCCUUCAGCAGAAGUUCCAUUCUUGUGCAGCACCAGCGAGUCCACACUGGCGAAAAACCUUACAAGUGUCUUGAGUGUGGGAAAGCCUUUAGCCAGAAUUCUGGGCUUAUUAACCAUCAACGAAUUCACACUGGGGAGAAACCUUAUGAAUGUGUUCAGUGUGGAAAAUCCUAUAGUCAAAGUUCAAAUCUUUUUAGACAUCAGAGAAGACACAAUGCAGAAAAACUUUUGAAUGUUGUGAAAGUUUAAGAAAUUAGGGGAAAUAAUAAGCACUCAGGUCUUUUUCUUCAGAAAUGAAGACAAAAUUAAAAACAUGAAGUGAUACAGAAAAGAUUUUUUUUCCCUGUUGACUGAGAAAAUUCAUUGGGAAAUACAAAAAAAAAAUCUUCAUUCACCAUUAUUAUUGUGAAAGAAAUGGUGUUAUGCCUAGAAACUGAAAUUUUAAAUAAUUCAGGUGUUAAUACCUAAAUUUUCCAUGUGAUGUUUAUAUUCUCUUUUUCUCCCAAGUAAUGAGCUACCUGAUUCUUUAUCCCUUUCUAACAAUUUCCUUUUUCAGACAAAUACUUUAUUUCUGUGUUGGUCAUUGGAAUGUUUUGUAAGGAUACAUACCUUUCUAUUUUAAAGGCAACAUAGGAAUUGUAAAAUCUAAAAGCCCAUCUUUAAGCAUUUAAAAACAUCUUUGGAAAUUUAGUUUCCUUUUGUUCGGUUUGAGUAUAUUUGGGAAAAUAGAAGAUAAAGGCUAGCCAAAGCCUCAGUGUUAAGUGAGCCUUAAGAUCUCGGAUGAGCAAUGGUGGCGAAACUGUCAAGAGUGAAAGGGAGAAAUUAUACACUGAAGUGGACCAGUCAAGUGCAGCCAUCUUUCUAAAGGAAAACUUACAACCAGACAAGAAGCUGAUUUUAUCUAGUGUGUGGGCAUCUUACUAAUGAAAGCAGUUUGCCUGUGUAAAGAUAGACACUUGUAAAAGUGAAGGUAAAUGUAACACUAAGGAAGAAUUCGUAUGAAUGCUGGUGUUGAAAAGCAAGUGUGAAAUUAAGGCAAUUAUAUGAUGUGGCUUUUAGGGAAAACUCACAAGUUGAACUCAUUUUGCCCUCAUUGUAGUUAAGGAUAGAAAAUUCCUUGAUGAGAGGGCAACAGUAUCAGGUUUGCUCUUUUUAUUCCUUUGGUACAAAAGGGUUGAACAGCAGGCUAAAACAGCCACGCAUUUAGUAUUAAACAUUUCCACCGACAAUGCACUGUGCUAGGUACUGUAAGCCUACUGUAAGUAGGGAGGCAUUUGUUCCACUGUAAGUCAUAGGGGUUCCCCAUCAGCAUUCCCAGGUCACCUCAGAUUCCCAGAGUUGUAGUUCUCUAACACGUGGGUUGUGUUUAGAGGGAGAGACGUCAGCUCAGAAGGCUAGCUAGCUAGUCAGUUCUUAGCACUUUUCAGAGGUGAGUUCAAGGCACGCUCUUCUAGUUUGAACAUUUUCAAUCUUAGACCCCGAUGUAAUUUUGAGUAGCGUUGCAGUUAUAACUACAAGUUAAGUUGAAUGGACUGUUCUACUUUAACAAUAAACAACUAGGCUAUUAAUAACUAGUUUAUUAACUCAGAAUUUAUUGAAUUUUUUUAAUUUACAGUCUUAACACAUUUUUUAAAAAACAUAUUAAAGUAAUACAUUUUAUUAGUAGGAUUCUGUAUGCUGUGGCUAAGAAUCCAAGUACUGUGAUUCUACUGUUUAAUGGAAAACUCUGGAAGUUAAAAGCAUUGAGUGUAAGAAGGGGUUUUUGUUUUUAUGUAAGACAGGCAUCAUUACAUGGGAAAUGAUCCAUGGGAGUACAAAUAUUUGCAGCGAUUUGGGUUAUAUCUGGUGCUUGGUCAAAUUUUAAAAUGAAAGUGAGAUUUUUUGCGUGAGCCUAUUGAAAAACAGUAAUAAAUGCAAUGCCAACUGAUGAAGUAAGGCAGAAUGAAGCUUGUUCGUAGAUUUCUGAUAACAAUUAUAAGAAAUGUGCUUUAUAGAUUAAGAUUUAUUGAAGUAUAAAUAUGUAGUAUGCUAUAAUGUAUUUUUAAGUUAUACAAGAAAAUGUAGGGACUUUGGUUUGGGUCUUUUCUGUGGCGGAGAGGAAACACAUUACUGUCAAUAAAGCUGUAAGCUUCUCUGCUCUAAGAUACAGUCACCCGGAAUUGCUGUACUUGUUAUUUAUGGCUGGCUCUCUCCAGUAGGUGUUUGAGGUGGCACAUUUGAAUGACUGCUGGGGUGACAGAGUUCUUAUUUCAGAGUAACCUCUCAGGGUGGAAUGCCAGACUUAACAGUUUUAGGGCCCAAACUGUUUGGUCAUUUGAAAGCACAGAAGAGGUGGUACUAGAGUUGGCAAAUAUAUGUUGUCUUGCCAGCUCUGACACCUGUGUAUCUGUUGGGAAGGAAGCUCAGACAAGGGGCUGGUCUAAAAUCCCUCAUGGCAUACAGGAAAAGGAAACGGUGGGUUUUAUACUUAAUUGACUCUGGCUAGUCGUAAGUUCCCACUAGACAUUAAUUUACAGUAACAGUGAUUGCUGACUUCAGACCUGUCCCCACACAGAACAUCAUCAUUUGGGAGUACCCAGUCUAAAGGUGCCAAGCAGUGGCCUUACCAGUACCUUUCUGGUUAGCAGACGAGCAGUUGUGUGAAGGCAUGCAUACCAACUGGCCCAACAGGCUGUUUAGUAGUUUUAUAUAUUCACAGAUGUUUGACCAUUAGCAGCCUGUCUUACAUUUGUGUGACCUUAGGGGGAGGUUACCUGUACUGAAAAAAAUGUGCAUGCUAAGCAUUCGAUUGAAAUACUUAAUCUCAUCCAGAUUUGUGGACUAGAAAAACAAGACCCAGUGAUCUUGGAACUUGGGACUUGGAACUUAGAUCUUGUGACUUGGAAAUAAAUGGCCAGUUAGAACUAAAACACACCUAGUUCUGUGGAUUCCUGAGGCUGGGUUUUUUUGUUUGUACUGUCAGGAGUGAUGGUGUUAGCCGGGUGGUGGUGGCGCACACCUUUAAUCCCAGCACUUGGGAGGCAGAGGCAGGCGGAUCUCUGUGAGUUCGAGGCCAGUCUGGUCUACAGAGUGAGUUCCAGGACAGCCAGGACUACACACAGAAACCUGUCUCGGGAAAAAAAAAAAAAAGAUGAGCAUUCAAAUCCUGUUUAGUAGCAGUACAUCUUUUGUUGAAUGAACUUAAAAGUUAUUAUAUAUACCUAUAUAAUUUGAAAUUUUCACAAUGCAGAAACAAAAGAUGAAAAAAAGACACCAGAUUUAGCCAGAAAUAGUGGUAAUCUGGUUUAUUGUCCUUUCAAAUUUAGCUCUAUACAUGUUUAAACAAACAUCUUUUAAAAUAACAGUCUUGGGUUGAGUAUAGGUACCAACUAACAUGCUUUACUAUGCUUUAAUCCUCAGCAAACCUGAGGUAGGUAGUAUCUCCACUGGACAUCUACUGUAGUGAGGCUGCUUUCCCUCCCCACACUGAUGUGGACACUUUCCAUAGUUACCUAGUAUUCCAUUGCAUUAUUACACUCAUGGUCCAUCUAACCAGCCCCAUACUGAUGGGUUCGUAGGUUCUUCAUUCAUAACAGAUUGACAUUUCAUAAACAUCUUACUACCCAUGUAGUUGUCCCCGUAACACAGAUAACUAGGAGUGGAUUCAUUGGGUCAGGGAGUACGUAUUUUGACACUUUUGAGGAUGUAGUUGUAAAAGCUAGACUAAUUUUAUAACUCCUUUAUAGUAAGAAUGCUCGUUUGCCUGCACUCCUCAGUGCUGCAUCCUGAAAAGGUGUUGCUCAUCCUACAGGCCAGUUCUUUUUUUUUAUUUUUUAUUUGUUUGUGCCUUUAUUAGUAAGAAGGAAGUUUUUUUUGUUUUUUGUUUUUUGUUUUUUUUUGUUCAUUGGCUGUUUUUAAUGUCCUGUUCUGGUCUUGUUCAUUUCUUUUCUUUCUAAUAUGAAAGUAUAAAUGACUGCAGUUAACAUCAUAUGAAACUGAAGAUAGACAAAUGUGAGAGACCAUUUUCCCCAGGUCAGUUCCACUUUCCACUUUACAUUCUAGUACAGUUUGUACACAUUUCUAUGUGAAUAUACAGAAAUGUGGACACCUUUUAAAUAAACAGGAUUAUAUGUGAAUUUUAAGACAUCUUCGUCUUACGUAUUCUGGUCUUUAAAUUCCUGGAUGGUUGGCUGUAAAGCAUUUGCUGUCCAACACAUCUGUAACAUCUUCAACUUUGCAAAGUGCUCAUUUCCCUACAUAGCCUUACCUACACUUGAUAGUCCUUAUCUGUUUGGGACAAGGAGAGAGAAAAGAGAAACCUUCCUUAUUUGUAUUUCCCUGAUGAAUAGUGAAGUUCUUUUUGCGUUUAUUGAUCAUUUAUAAUCCUGAGGAUUGUUUGUUCACAGCUUCUUUUGCCUUUGUAUAGGGUUAUGUGUGCGUAUCUGUUUGUUCAGCAUCCCUUCCCUCAUUUAUGGUAACAGUAUCCUUAUUUAUUGUGGUUAACCCAUUCCAUAUGGCUUUGGUGAGCACAUGACCAGGCCUAGCCUCCUGAGCCACACUGGCCCCAGUGAUUAGAGAGUGGGCAUGUAAUUUGAAGCAGGCUAAGAAGAGUGUUCAACAGAACUGCAACUACUGGAAAGAAGGCUUUGGAGCUACUGGAGACCCAAGGAUGAUGUGAGCCUGCAUUUUUACUGUAUGGAGAAAGUCUCCGAGGAGAAACUCAGAGGCUAGCAGAGAUGGUGAGAAAACUAAGUUCUGAUACCAUUUUUCUGGAGGCCCUAGAUCCAGUUGUGCCUAAAGCCUGCCCUACCUCUGGACUUUAAAGUUUUGUGAGCCAAUAAAGUCCCUUUCUUGUUUAAGAUAAUUGUAUUUGGCUUCUGUCCUGAUUAAUAUAGGGUAUUGUAUUUUCUUAUUGAUUUGUAGAAAGCCUUUGUAGUUUUAAAUUCUAGAUUCAUGCAUUAUAUAAGUUAAUAAAGUCAGCAAUGGCCUUUUAUGAUUUGGGCUCUGUCAA